GGGGGCGGGGCGGUCACGUGGCCCAGCAUGGCCGGCGGGGAGGGCGCGAGCGCCGCCCAGCGGCGGCGGCGGCGGAAGGAGGAGGACCCCGGGGUGCGGCUGUCCAAGGCCCUGAGCUACGUUCUGCGCCACGGGGCUGCGGCCGAGGGGCUGCCCAUGGGCCCGGACGGUUUUGUCGAGGUGGGGGCUCUGCUGCGGCUGCGGCGCUUCGCGGGGGUCUCGGAGGGCGACGUGCGCAGGGUGGUGGCCACUGACCCCAAGGGUCGCUUCGCCCUCCGGCCGGACCCCCUGAGGGUCAGAGCCAACCAGGGGCACUCCCUGCCGGUGCCGGAGCUGGAGCUGACCCCCCUGCGCAGCCCCGGGGCGCUGCCCCCCACCCUCGCCCACGGCACCCGGCGCCGCCUGUGGGGCCCGAUCCGGGCGGGGGGGCUGCGCCCCAUGGGGCGGCAACACCUGCACCUGGCGGGGGGGCUGCCGGGGGACCCCGGCGUGCACAGCGGGAUGAGGUCGGACUCGGAGAUCGCCAUCAUCAUCGACGGCCCCCGGGCGCUGGCGGACGGGAUCCCCUUUUUCCGCUCGGCCAACGGGGUGAUCCUGACGCCGGGGGACGCCCAGGGCCGGAUCCCCCCCAAAUAUUUCCUGCGGGUUCUGCAGCUGCGGCCGCGCCGGUGUGAACUGCCCCUGGACGGGCCCUGGGACGAGGAGAGGGGAGAGACCCCCGGAUGAGGAUGGGGGGGGGGGGGUCUGAGCCCCCCCCCCACAAGGAUUUGGGGGUCCAGCCUCUCCCCCCAUAAGGAUUUGGGGGGGGUCUGAGCCCCCCGGGCCCCACAGGCCCCAAUAAAGCCCCCCCGAGCACCA